UGAUUGUGGUUACUGGUGUCGGGCUUGUGGUAUUAGUUACGUCUGUUAAUAUCGUCGCGAAUACCUCCUGUCCUUCUUUCAACAGCGGGAGUCAUUGGUAUGAGGAUCGGUGGUGCAACGAGCAGGUUGGUCUCGGUAGUGGUUUUCCCGCUGGGUUUUCCCACUUCUGUUAUGCAAAUGCAGAGGCUAAAAAUUCUAUCAAAUUAUCACCACACUCCCUUUGAUUUGUUCAUGCAUGUGAACCUUCCUCAACUGAAGUCCAAGCUGACCAGCCCAUACGGUAUUACAUUAUUCGGAGCUAGCUGUUGUGACCGAUAUGCAGGUGACGACAUAUUUGUGGUGGGGCUUUUGUGGCUCAAAAUCGCGGGGCAGAAAGCUGCUGGCGUUUGUGGCUUUGGCUCAGGAAUCCAUUACGGGCCGAACCUUAGUUAUUUUUAGCCAGGCAUCCGGUCGCCAUCAAAACAUUCGCCUGGAGACACGGCGUAUAUUGCAAGAUGUUUCUAGAGCUGCCUCUCGUGAUAUGCCCCACUUUCUUCCCCCAUAAAUCUUUGAACACCCAAGCUAACCACCAAAUUU